AUGUCCUAUUGGCGCCAGCUGCAUCAACAUGUGGCGGAGAUUGGUGAUGCUAAAGCCGCUACAAUGACAGCAAGGACAAUUGCAGAGGAGAAAUGCAUUGCUUUUAAUUUGUCGAUCAGACAACAUUCUCUUGUCUUGCUUGCGAGAGCUCUCGUGAAUGACACCAGGGUCCUAAUUCUUGACAAGGCUAUGGCUUCUGUCGACUACGGGACCGACAGCAAGAUCCAGCGUACCAUUACCAACGAGUUUAAAGAACGCGUCCUGUACAUUGCACAUAAGUUUGAGAAGACUCCUCGGUGUAAGGGCUCAUACCUGGUCUAUACUAGGAUUCUACAGCAGCCAUAUGCGGGACCGAAGAGCUGGAAGGUUUCCAAUAACAUCAUCCAACUCAUCAUCAGAGUAAGAUUCGAUGAUAUUCCAUGCACCCCUCAUCAAGUCCCACCAAUGCACGGCUGUGACGGUACUAAAGCGAGAUGCGGCCUGCUCUGGGGAAGCAAUACGGAGAGCAAUUCCGGUGAGGUAAAAGCGACGACGAGCUUCUCCAGUACGAGAGGGAGAGAGAGCGAGAACGAGAGCAAGAAUGAGUGGGAGAGCAAGAACGAGAAUGGAUGGGAGAGCGAGAAUGAGAAUGAGAACAAGAAUGAGUGGGAGAGCGAGAACGAGAAUGAGAAUGAGUGGGAGAAUGAGAAACAGAUAGGAGAGCAAGAACGAGAAUGA